GAUACAGCCGAGAUUUGAACGCGGUGCUUUGAGAAAGCGUGCAUGAAAUUUGGUAAAAUAUCUAACGGCAAUUGUGGCAUAUAUGUACGUAUAUUUUCAGCAGCGUAUGUGCGGUCGUGUGUGUAUUGGUUAGGCCGCUAGUAUUGGAAUCGGUGUCGCUGAUUAUCAGAUUUUUUUUUUUUGUGUUCGGUUAUUCAACUGCGGUGCAUUGUUAUUGCUGGCAUUUGAGCAUCGUGCAAACGCCGAGCGUGUGAGCGAACGUCGUACAUACAUAUAAGCACAUACAGGACAUAUCCUUUGCUGCUGCUGCUGCUGUGCUUUGUGUGCGGCAAAUAUCUCAACUCGUGCGUGUUGGCUAUCAACUGCAUUAACAUCCGCAUCCUUGGCUUGGCAGCUGAACAAUUCAGUCAUCGCUCAACUGUGGCGGCGCAAUGACGCGACUUCUCGACUCCUCGCCAUGACAUUUGGGAUCGCAAAGCUCAAUCGAAUGCUAAUACUCGUAGACGCGCAAGUGCAAUGGUAAAGGCGUAAAAGUAUAAUCGGAUAACAAUAUAACGGUGUUUUUUUUUCGUUCUAUGAAUUGCAAGUGCGGAUGCAGUGAAUGUGAAGUCCUUGAGUCGGUGGUACACGGCUACCGGUCGUUUAUGCGCGCGCGUGUGUGUAAGAGUGUGCCUCCAUGGAACAUUUUUUGCGCCAGUACUAACGAAUUCGUUUGAAACUGGAAUUUCAUGUGACAAGAAUAAGUUGGUGGGACAUUUUGGAUAUGUUGUCACCAUCAUUGGCGGCAUACAGCUGUGGGCGUUGUUGCCUCGAAUAUGGCCUAUAGUCCACCCUGUCGACGGCCGCGGCCGUGCCGUUGGUGAACGAAGUGAGUGUAGUAGUUGUGUAGUGCAUAACUUUGUCACGUCAAAGAGCUGUGUGUUUUUGUGCCAACACUAUCUUCUUGGCAAUUAUGUGUUCGGAUUGACGAAAGCUAAAGAAUGAUGUCAUGCGGGCAUCCAUUACCGACAGUGAGAAAAAUAUGUAUUUAUACCGAAUUUUAAUGAAUCAAGCACAGUGAGGCUAUGACAACAGUGGAAUUAUGCGGAAUAUAAAAUGGAAAGAUCUAGAAGAAGAAAAAUAAAGACAAAGAAAAGAGAAAGUGCUUUGGCGAUAAACAAAUAAAAAAGUACUAUGUAUGUAUGUACAUAUGUAUGUAUGUAUGUGCUCCACAAACCAUUCGGCGGCAAUAAGCAUCGUAUACAACAUGGAUUUAUGUAAUUGUCCAUAAAGGAUUACGUACAAAUUGAAAAGGAUAAUUUAGCAACACAUCAGCAUAGGCCAUUACUGGCCAGCAAACUUAGUUCCAGCAGAGCGCAACACAAACCCGAAGUGCGUAGUUUAGUGGAUUACGUUUAAUGUGACAACCACAACAAAAGAAACAACAACAACAACAACAAGCGGAUAAGCAGAUAUAAAAUAUAUAAAACAGCGACAAAAACAACAUAACAGUACGCGUGUUAGAAUAAUAAGCGAAACAACAACAACAGAAAUGGAUUUAUUAUUUCUAUUACAUUUACUCGUCCUACUUGUCAGUCAAAAUGUUGCUGUACUUGGUCAAUUGGAUGGCAGUUGGCUAACUUUGGCACCCUCAACACCAUCUAUCACACAUUUUGUAAAUGAUUCCUUCAUUAUAUUCUGUAAAACAGUACAAAAAGAUGUGAGUGCGAAGUGGAAAGACCCCAAAGGGGUGGCAAGAGAGAAUUCAAAAGGGCGCGUGCAUAUCGAAAAGAAAACUGGAUUUUUGGCGCUGGUCUUUGAGCACAUAGCGUUGACGGACAAAGGCAACUGGACGUGUGAAGCUACUGUGACCAACAACAACAAUAACAACAAUGAAGCAUCAUCAGCAGCAGCUGCAGCAACAACGGAUGCCGGUGCUGUGGCGGUGGAGGUGGCGGUAGCCAGCGGCGAGGCGAGGAAGUCUUUUGAGCUGCUCGUAAAUCAGAAAAUCUCCUUUGAAAAAACGGAGCUGGUGCAAUCGGCGGGUGAGGGGCGUGAUGCCACGGUCAAGUGUUUUGUAAAAGGUGAUCCCCGUCCGGACGUGUCCUGGCUAUAUAAUGGCGAAUACAUAAACACUGUCAAUUCGACAAAAUACAAAAAGCUCUCCGAUGGACUCUUCAUCAAGAAUGUACAGCAAUCGGAUGCUGGUGAAUACACGUGCCGUGCAAUGCGAAUCACACCAACUUUUGCGGAUUCCGAACAAAUUACGAUUCUGUUGAGGAUACAACAUAAGCCCCACUGGUUCGAUAAUGACACUUCAUUGGUUCAAUAUGCGUACAUCGGUGGUAUGGUGAAUAUUUCGUGCGAUGCAAUGGGUGAGCCGCCACCUUCGUUCACCUGGGUGCAUGAGGGUCGUGCCAUUACCGGACGUAAUUAUCGCAUUUUCUAUGCCGAUUACGGCUCAACGCUACAGAUACACGUCCGAAAUGAAUCACAACUUGGCGAUUAUAAGUGCAAAGUUGCCAAUCCGUUGGGCAUGUUGGAGCGCAUAGUGAAGCUGCGAAAGGGACAGAAGCCCAGCGGACCAUCGCGCUUUCAAUUGCGACGCGCAUUCACCGAUGGCUUUGACCUCGACAUAAGAUCGGAGAAAUAUGCCAAUGUUGAGGAGAAUAUGCGUACAUUCGGUUAUCGGGUGCAAUAUAUGAGCGAAGGCGAUUUUAAGCACAGCGCGGGUAAUUGGAGUUAUGCCAAGCAUAAGGACUACCAUUUUCAGCGAGGUGGCCGCUUUGUGCUCAACGGAUUGGAUCGUAAUACUACAUAUUUGGUACGUGCAGCAACACGUAAUCCAGCUGGUCUCAGCGAUUGGAGUACGGUGAAAAUUUUCGCAACACUAUCGAAUUUCGCUCGCAGAACAGUCACGAAUAUUAUGUGGCAAACAUGUUUAGUAGUUGGUUUAGGAUAUACAUUUAGCGAAUAUGUGAAAUUUAGCGCGUAUGUUUAAGUUAAACGCAAAACACACAUACACACACACACACAUAUAAAAACUGAAAAAAAAAACAUACACCUGCAGUUACAUUUUAUCCAUUCAUUCUGUCAAUCCGCCACAACCAACAAGUCAUCUUAGUUCCUUAGGUAUAACUAUGAAAGCUAUAGCUAUAGUAAGGAAGGGUCUCCAUCAAAUACAUAUAAAUAUGUUUCGCGCUAAUUGUUGAAUGUUUACGAUUAUUGUAGUUACGUACAUACAUACAUACAUACUUAUGCAUUUAUUCAUGUUAAAUUUUUAAGUACCUGAUUUGUUUCGAAAACUCCUUACAUACCCACAUUCAUAUACAUACAUACAUACUAUUCUCGUAGUUACUUACAUACAUACCUACAGUGCAUUACAGUGGCUACUACAUACUUACUCGAUUUUUUGCUCUCGACAUUACACUGCUUUCUUAUUCUGUGAUAGCUUUAGUCCAUUUUCUCGUUUGUUUUUCGCUUUUGCUCUUGUUUUUCUACUCAAGCCUAGUAUAUUGAAUUCCUCUCUCUCUCUGCUUUUGAGUUCAAUCAUUUACAAGCGUAAAAACAUUUUUAUUUUUUAGUUUUCAUUUCCUUUUAACAACAAGUCAUCUGCAAUCACAAGUGUUCAGCAUCGUUUUUGUACUUUUUUAAAUGGAAUUCUUCAAGAAUUUUACAUCAGUGUCGUAAAAAGAACAAAUAAACAAAGAUUUUACUACAUAAGUGAAUAAAAGUCCAAAUAAACGAAAAA